AUGGGUCCCCUGUGUCCUUGCCCAAACUCAAAAAAGCCUAUGAAAAAGGUACCAGGGGCAUCUCAUGGGGCCCCCUACUGACCCCGAGGGCCCGGAGUCAGUAGGGGGCCCCAAGAGAUGCCCCUGGUACCUUUUUUAUAGGCUUUUUUAAGUUUGGGCAAUGACACAGGGGCCCCAUGAUCCCCUAUUGCCCGGGGGCCCCAUGAGUUGUCAGUCCGCCCCUGGUCUACUGUCAAAAACAUUGCAGCAGUAUCCAGUCAUCUGGCAACCCAAAGUGACAGGAACUACCACGGGCACCUGUACCACC